GAUAUCAGAGUUAGCGGCCGGUGAGAGGUGACACUUGUGGCCCCUCCUCCUCCCGUCGAGUCCUCCUGUAUCUACUGUAGCAGACCGGAGACCGAGCUCAGUCAGGCGGUGUCGGGACCGCUGCGGGACUGGGUGUGUGGGAGUGUGUGUGUGUGUGAGAAAGUUUGAGUGUGUGUUUGCGUGGAAGAGCAUAGCAGAGCAGAGGAGGGAGAGGAAUCACAGGAAAGUACUGAGCACUGAGCAGCCACAGAAACUGCCUGGUUUCCUAGUGUCCAGGCAUCCUGCUGUCCAUCAUGGCCGUGUAUUUGUCCCUCCUCAUGCUGGCUCUCAGCGUGUUUGGACAAGAGCUCCCAUCAGGCCCUCACGGCUGCACGGAAGGAAGCUGUUACCCUGCGACAGGAAACCUUCUGAUUGGACGGGCCGUCAAUCUAUCUGCCAGCUCUACAUGCGGCCUGGAUGGACCGGAGCAUUAUUGCAUCGUCAGCCACCUGCAGGGGUCUGACAAGUGUUUCGAGUGUAACUCCCAGCAUCACUACGACCCGUACCGUCACAGAAACAGCCAUCGCAUCCAGAACGUGAUCUACCUCAUGGACCACAAUGGAGAAAACACCUGGUGGCAGUCUGUCAAUGGAGAGGAGAAUGUCAGCAUCAGACUGAACCUAGAGGCCGAAUUCCACUUUACACAUCUCAUCAUGAAGUUCAAGACUUUCAGACCUGCAGCGAUGAUGAUCGAGCGUUCAGCCGAUUUCGGACGCACAUGGCGUCCCUAUCGUUACUUUGCCUCAAACUGUACCAAGAGCUUUCAAGGGAUUCCUUCCGACGGCCUGAACCACAUCAACGAUGUCAUCUGUGAGGAGCGCUACUCCGACAUCGAACCCUCGACGAAUGGAGAGGUCAUUUAUAAAGUUUUGGAUCCUGCCAUCCACGUGAAGGAUCCCUACAGCUUUGACAUUCAAGAACUUUUGCGCAUCACCAACCUGCGUAUCAACUUCACCAAGCUGAACACUCUGGGAGACGACCUGCUGGACCGACGCUUCGACGUCCUGCAGAAAUAUUACUACGCUUUAUACGAGCUGGUGGUCAGAGGCAGCUGCUUCUGUUAUGGACACGCCUCAGAGUGCGCCCCAGUGCCAGGGGUGGACGCCCGGGAGAAGAGCAUGAUUCAUGGUCGCUGUGUGUGCAAUCAUAACACGGAGGGUCUGAACUGUGAGCGCUGCAAAGAUUUCCACAAUGACCUGCCAUGGAGUCCAGCAGAGGCCGAGAACUCACACACCUGCAGAGAGUGUAACUGUAAUGGCCACUCCAACCAGUGUCACUUUGACAUGGCGGUGUAUUUGGCCACGGGCAACAUCAGUGGAGGAGUGUGUGACGACUGUCUGCACAACAUGAUGGGACGCAACUGUGAGAUGUGCAAACCUUUCUACCAUCAAGACCCUCUGAGAGACAUCAGGGACCCACAAGUCUGUGUUGCCUGCGACUGUGACCCGGUCGGAUCAUUGGAGGGAGGAGUGUGUGACAGUCACACCGAUCUGGACAUGGGCAUGAUCACAGGACAGUGUCGCUGCAAAAACAACGUCAAAGGCAUGCGCUGCGAUGACUGCAAGGAGGGCUAUUACGGACUGAGCCAGAACGACCCGCUGGGCUGUCAGCCUUGUAACUGUGACCCUCGAGGCAUCAUCAUGAUGGGCGCUCCAUGUGACCAGAUCAGUGGGGACUGCUCGUGCAAAAGAUAUGUCACUGGUCGCUACUGCAACCAGUGUCUGCCAGAAUACUGGGGGCUCAGUAAUGACCUGACUGGCUGCAGACCUUGCGACUGUGACUUUGGUGGAGCCUUCAACAACAGGUGCAUGAUGGAGAAUGGCCAGUGUGACUGCAGGAGGCAUCUGAUUGGUCGACAGUGUUCUGAGGUGCAGCCUGGUUAUUUCUGUGCUCCGCUUGACUACUACAAAUACGAGGCGGAAGAGGCCACCGGACACUCCCCUGAUGACUCGGCACUGCCAGGCAAAGUCCGUCCUCAGGCAGAGACGGAUUGUGUGCAGCAUCUCAACAACCAGCUGAGGAGACACCGGCGGCACCGUCGCAUCACAAACUCCCAGCAACACCGUGCAGCUCUGAGACGUAUCCGCCAGCUUCAGCAGACACCGGAUGUGAGGACUGUUUAUAGAGAACACACUCCCAGCCACAUGGUGUCGUGGACUGGACCUGGUUUCGCCCGGGUCAAGGAUGGCGCUGGCCUGGUGUUCACUAUCGACAACAUCCCCUACGCCAUGGAGUACAACAUCAUGAUUCGCUACGAGCCUGAGUCCACAGAGGACUGGGAGGCCAUCGUUAGCAUCACAUCUGUAAUGCUGCCGUCUAGUCUCCGCUGUGGAAACCUCUUACCAACUGAACAGCUCUACACAGUGACUCUGCCGCACAGAAACAGGUACAUCCAGAUGCCCAGGCCGUUCUGCUUCGAGCCCAGUAAUCGUUACGUCGUUUCAAUCAGGUUCCAGCGCCACGGAGUCUCGCACAGACACCUCACUGCCUUCAUCCUUGUUGACUCGCUGGUCCUGAUCCCCAAUUACACCGAACUUCCUGGUUUCCAAGGUAGUGAUCCAGUGGCGGAGCAGCAUCGGGAGGAGAUGAUUCGCUACAUGUGUUUGGACUCCUUCAUGAUCACACCGAUGCCCGCCCUGGCUGAGAUGUGUGCCAAACUCAUCUGCAGUAUUUCGGCCCUCAUUCAUGAUGGCGCUCUACCCUGUCAGUGUGACCCUCAGGGCUCCCGCAGUGGUGAGUGUGAUAAGGUCGGGGGCCAGUGUCAUUGUAAAGCCAACGUGAUGGGUCAACGCUGUGACCAGUGUGCACCCGGAACAUAUGGCUUCGGAGUCAAUGGCUGUACAGCUUGUGACUGUCACCCUGAGGGUUCACUGAGCCACCAGUGUGACCCAGUAACGGGUCAGUGUCACUGCAGGCAGGGAGCCACCGGGCGCCAGUGCUCAGACUGCCAACCAGGCCAGUGGGGCUUCCCCAGCUGCAGCCCCUGUCAGUGUAACGGCCACGCUGACCUCUGUGACCCGCACACCGGGGAGUGUAGAGACUGCAGGGACUACACCACAGGACAUCUCUGUGAACGUUGUGUGGACGGGUUCUUUGGAAACCCUGUGCUCGUCUCAGGGGAGCACUGUCGGCCCUGUCCCUGCCCCGGUAACCCCGGCUCAGACCACUUUAACGGGCACUCCUGCGAGGCUGACCCCACUUCCAACCAGAUCAUCUGUAUAUGCAAACAAGGCUACGCAAAGCCUCGCUGUGACCAGUGUGCCCCUGGUUACUAUGGCAACCCAAAGCAACCUGGCGGCCAGUGCCUCCCCUGCCAGUGCAACGGUAACAUCGAUACCCAGGACCCCAACUCAUGUGACCCCAGGACGGGACAAUGCCUCAAGUGUCUUUAUCACACUGAUGGCGCCUCCUGUGCACACUGUCAACAUGGCUACUAUGGCAACGCUUUGGCCCACGACUGCAGGCGUUGUACCUGUGUGACAGCUGGCACCAUAAAGUCUGCGUGCAGUGACGGACAGUGUCACUGUGACAGACAGGCCGGAGCCUGCCCCUGCAGGGAGAACGUGGCGGGACAUAACUGUGACCAAUGUGCUCCAAACCACUGGAACUACGGACAGGACGAAGGCUGUGAGCCCUGCAGCUGUGACCCACAGCACACUCUGGGCAGUCACUGCAACAUGUUCACAGGCCAGUGCCACUGUCGUCCAGGCUUUGGAGGGAGACAGUGCACUGAGUGUGAGCAGUUCCACUGGGGUGACCCAAGGGUGCAGUGUCAAGAGUGUAACUGCCAUCCCCUGGGCUCAGAGAUGGCCCAGUGUGACAGAGCAACAGGGGCGUGCGAGUGCAGAGAGGGAGCGGCUGGGAAGCGAUGCGAUGAAUGUGCCCGCGGCUUCACUGGCACCUUCCCCAGCUGUGUGCAGUGUCACCCGUGCUUCCAGCUUUGGGACGAUGCUAUUUGUCAGAUUAAAAGGGACAUGGACCACAUCCAGUACGUCAUUCAGAAGAUCCUGGAGAGCGGGGUCACACCGGGAGUCGGGGACACCCGUAUAAAAGAGCUGGAGAGGAAGCUGAAGCAGAUUCAGGAUCUGAUCAGUUCUAAGGACAGUGACAGGGUCCACCAGCUGAUUGGACAGAGCAUCGAUGACUUAAGGGCUGAGAUCGCCCUGACCGACGGGCGUCUUAUGGGCAUUGCUCGAGAGCUUAAUACAACAUCAGCAGAAGAAGAGGCGCUGAGAAACACAUUGACUGACUUAGAGACAGAACUUAGAGACAUCAACACAACUGUGGCUCUUAAACAAAGCCUGCUGGAUAACUACCUCACCUCAGGAUUUAAAGAUCAGUUUGAGAAAGUCAAGAACUACUAUCAGCAGUCAGUGGAGGCUGAGCAGAAAUGCAACGCUUCAGUGUCCGGUCCUUCUAGUCCUGUGCAACAAUCCAAAGAAACCCGCGCCGUCACUGAAGAGCUACUGGACCUCAGCAAAGACAAGUUCCUCCGAGCUCUGGCUGCUCAGAAUAAAUCCUUAAACGAGCUGCAGCAGAAAACACACGACCUGGAUAAGAAGGUCCAUCACCUCAGUAACAAGGUAUGUGGUGGUCAUAGCAGCGCUGAUGGCAAUUGUACAGACAGCCAAUGCGGAGGUGCCGGUUGCCGAGACAAUCAGGGCAACAGAGUCUGUGGUGGUGAGGGAUGCAACGGGACAGUGAGCGCUUCUGUAGCAGCGCUGAAUCACGCCAGGAACGUCACACACAGCCUGACUGCUGCCAAUGAGGAGCUGCAAAAUGUGGCCAAAAAGUUCCAGGAUAUAGCUGCUCUGACUCAGGAUGUAAAGAACCAGGCCAUGAAGACUCUGGAGAAAGCCCAGAAGAAGAAGGACCACUUUGAAAACAACAACAAGAAGCUCAAAGAUUUCAUUAAGAAGAUCAGAGACUUUCUAACUGAGGAGGGAGCAGAUCCAGAGAGUAUAGAGAAGGUGGCUCUGCAGGUCUUGUCCAUCUCUCUGCCAUUCAAUAAGACCACUAUAGACAAAAUGAUUAUGCAGAUCAAGGACAGCCUUUCAAACCUCACAAAUGUCGAGGGGAUCGUCAACCAAACUUCCCAACACAUCAGUACAGCCAAAGAGCUGCUCGAAAAAGCUAAAGAUGCAAAGAUGAGAGCAGAGGGAGUGAAGGAUGCAGCCAACAACACCAAGCAGGCGUUGGAUGUGUCAGAGACAGCCAUAGAGAAAGCCAGAGCAGCCCUGACGGAGGCCACAAACAACCUCAACAGCACAAGAAAUGCUACAGCAGAGGUGGAGGAGAGGCUGAAGCAGCUGGAGGAGAAGCAGAUGGAUGUCAUGAUGCGGUUAACAAACCUCUCCAUGGGUGUGGAAGCUUUGAGGAACAAGACGGAGCAGAACAGACAAAUGGCGAGGGACGCCAAAGCUCAGGCUGACAACGCCACACAUGUAGCAACAUCAUUGCAGCAGAGCUUGAACGACACAGAGAAGCGAUACCAUGAGCUGCAGAUGAAGAUCGACUCUCUUGGUGGGGAGUCUGGAGGCCUGAUGAAUAUCAACCAGAGGGCCAUGGAUAUCAAGAAGGAAGCAGAGGACCUCCUCAACAAAGCCAGCAAGGGGAUGGAUCAACUUAAGAAACUGGAGAAAAAGUUCAAGAGUAACGAGCAGCGGAUGCAGAGGCAGCGCACGGACCUGGACCAGCUGAAGGAAAACGCUACUCUGGUGCGAGACGCCAUCCGGGAACAGGUGAAGAAGUAUAGUAACUGUGCGUGAGGAGGUUACACUUCCACGUUUACCAUUCGCUGCUGUAGUUCAGACCAGAGUUAUGACUGAUGGGAACUGAAACACUCCCAUGAAAAUAUUAUGCUGCUUUGGUAUCUCCAUUUUCCUCACACAAAUAUAUCAAGUUUUACAAAUUACCUGUCAAGUGUUAUAUCACAGAAAUGCCUUCCUCUGUCCAUGUACUGUACCACAUUUACACUCCUGUAUAUGAGUAAUCUACUGAAUGGUGUCUUUAAGCUAUUACCACAGGUGGUUGACCUGAGGAGAGUGUUUGUUUCACUGUAUAUUAUACCAAGAUUAAUGAUUUUUCAUUAAUAAUAAAAUGAAUAAUUAUAUCAGGUGAUGUCAUCAGAAAUGUGUUAUUAUGACCAAAAGUGCUUACUGUGUUUGACUGUAAUUUGAUCACAUUUGUAUUUACACUAUAACAUUCCCAUCAAGAAAUAUAUGCAAAGGUUUGAUUAUUGAAAAUGUAAUGUUAAGCUUAUUUUUUUUAUUACAAACCAGACAUUGAUUAAAAGCAUAUGAGUGCAUAAGUGUUAUAAAGUGAAAAAUAUUCUGAGGUGUGAUGAUGGAGAUAAAUAAAUGUGAUACAGUUGUGUGUAUAUUAUCACAUUA